AUGGCUCCCCAAGGUGCAGCAACUGCUGUGCAGAUCGACGCUGAUGAGGUAUACGGCUUCGAACUCCUGCGGAGAGCUUGGGCCGAUAUGCUCAUACGUUCUCAAGGAGAAGGUAGCACGCCAUUCGCUGACACUUUCAUGAUACCGACAAUCCGUACGUCUCGGCGCUUGUAUAACAAGAUUGCCAAGAUGGAAAAGUCGUUUGGAAAAUCGAUCUUUGAUGACUUGGAGCUCUUGACCGCAUCGUGUAAAUUUUCGGAGGAAAUCACAAGGGCUCGAGAGAGCAAUAUCCGAUCUUUCCUGCCCUCUACGACAUCGUCAGCCCUCGCGAGGAAGCUUAAUGACCUAGAACUCGAGUUCCUGGCUUUUCUCGACCUAAUUCACGACAAACUCCUGCGCAAAGAAAUGGGAGUUCGCUUGGAGAGUUUAACACGGAUUUAUCAGAGGCCUACAAAUAUCAUAUAUUGCUUUUACUAUGGUAUCUGCAAAUUCUCACGGCAGGGAAAGUGGGAAUACCUUCUUCUCACGGGAAAGGACCUCGAUAAAGCCCUACUCCGUGAGAUUGCAUGUGAUAUUGCUCCCGAGAUACCUAAAGUCAUCCCAUCAGUCAUUGGCACGGUUCUCCAAGGUCAUAUCGGAGAAAAUAAGUGGUACAAAACGGCUCUGGACGCCACUGUCGACAAAAUAAAAAAGCAAUACGGAAAGUAUUUACGAGCAGUGCCUUGCUACAUUGCCAGCAGAUUCGGCGAGCGGGUGGUACAGGACCCACUAUCCGUAUUCCAUCGUAGGGUCGAAGCUGCCAAGGCUGAGGCUCAUAACCUGCUUACCGCCAUGCAGCCAGGCCCCACUGAACAAACGAUGCAAGCCCUCUGUCAAAUCUUCUCAGGCUGGAGCAUAUUCGUGGCACAACACUACGGUGCUCUGCUAAAGGAUACUGUCGAACAGAGACAAGAGCAGAUACCUGCUCUUUAUAAUGGAAAGACGAAGUCGAUAUUGGCAUGGCCUGAGCUCGUUAAAGAGUAUAAUCCAAGAAAUUGGCGCGAGCAUUGGCCGGCACGUGCAGAGGAAGUGGCAACUUCAGAGCAACGCGCUCUGCGUAAAGAAAGCCUGCAGAGACGUAUUCCACGACCAUUUACCUUUGUUGCCGAUUGUCAAGGCAAGGAAAACUCGGUCCAUCCCGAGGGUCUUCUCGCCGAAGCCUCUGGAGGACUUCACUUCGAUCCUUGCACGGACAGAGAGCUCGACAGCAAUACGGAGGACGAGGCCCCUCAUUUUCCCGAGCCUGAGACCGAGCCUUAUGACCGCGCCGCCGAUCUCGCACUCUACGCAAAGAUCAAAGCCGGUUUUGACCCCGCAGGUCAAGCUUUCGAGGGCACGAUGUCCUCUCUCUCAUCGUCGUCCUCUUACCUGAUAAGCACGCCUGGUUCAUCCAACUGGGAGGACUCAAACGCUUACGAGACGUACGUCGAGUAUAUGGAAAUCGAUAAAGCGGCCUACGUUGCUCUGCCUUUUCCGAAUUCCCACAACUCAGCACCUUGCUCGCUGUAAAGGCACCAACGAUAUACGACCUCGAAACUUUCGGACGCCGCAUAUACCGCCGUGGCACUGAUAUCGGGGUGAUCGAACCUUUGCCGCAGCUUCUCGAUCGUGACAUUGUCUCGACAACUGAUCAUCAUCAUC